AUUGAUACAGUCAGAUUUAUAACACGCAUUGUACAUAUUUUUAUUUAGGCUACAUGUCAUAUAAUUGUAUUUGUCAGGCAGUGUGCAAGAAUAAGGAAAUGCACAAACAAAUAUAUGUUUUGCAGGAAUGCUUUCUAAUAUAGCAAAACUUCUAUUUAUAUCAGAAUUUGACACACCUAAACUAUUUCCCACCAUAAUUAAUAUAGUAGUUUUUUCGGUGUACGACCUCUCUGAAAUCAGUUGUACUAUUUGUGCGAAUGAAAGUUCUGGGUAACAAUGAUUAACAACAUUUCCAGUUACAUGAUUACCCAACAUGUGCCCGAAAUCCUUGCCAAGCCUAUCGGAGUAUACAACUGUGCUGUAAUCCUUGGCUGAACUGCUACUACUUGUAUCAGUAGUAAGCCUUGUCAAGUAAGUGGGUGACAUCUUAGGUAACUGCUUAUUACCUACUAUUCUACUAGCUGCCUGAGCAUAGGUGGGUAUCCUAUGUAAUUUAUUAUUGGAGGUCGGAAAAACAUCUGCUGUAGCCGAUUUACUCUGGAUGACCCUUGAGGAUGGCGUGGCCGUCGGGAGGCUGGUGGUGGCCCUCGGGAGGAUGGUGGUGGCCCUCGGGAGGAUGGUGGUGGUCCCCGAGAGUCUGGUGGUGAUCCCCGAGAGUCCAGUGGUGCCCAACGGGAUGCUGUUUGUGGCCUCCGAGGUGGUGGUGGCCCUUGGGAGGAUGGUGGUGGUCCCCGAGAGUCCAGUGGUGGCCAGCGGGAUGCUGUUUUUGGCCUCCGAGGUGGUGGUGGCCCUCGGGAAGAUGGUGGUGGUCCCCGAGACUCCAGUGGUGGCCAGCGGGAUGCUGUUUGUGGCCUCCGAGGUGGUGGUGGUGGCCUCCGGAGAUGCGGUGGUGGCUUCAGCAGGUGAAGACUUCUCCGGCAGCAUCUCAACCCGAACUAAGCCCACACUACUCAGCACCAGCAGCUGGUUUUCAUACUCCACAGUUCUCUGUUCUAGGGCAGACUUCAGUGUGGCCAGCCUAGACUGUAGCAUGGCAAUGUUGAACUCGCACUCCUGGUUGUUGUCUGCGAGCUUCUGGUUGUAGUCUGACAUCUCUUGUUCAUAUUUAUUCACCAGUAGUUGAAGUCUCACUCUAUCCUUUGUCAAUGGAAGGUGCGUCUUAUGCUUUUUCAAUGCUCGCUCAGACUUCCUGAUAUAUUUCUUUAUUUUAAUAUAUUUUUUAAGCCUGUUUGCACCUGUGAUAUUGGUUGAUUUUCUUGGAGUUGUGAGGUCUAUUGUUGGCAUAGGGGUGGGGUGUAGGGUGACUAAUUCAUCGUACAAUGCCAUUGUCUUAUCUGUUUCCUCGCUUGCAUGUGCUUCAUUUAUUUGCUGGAUCUCUGCGUGUGCUUCAGCCAAUUGCUGCUCUAGGCUAUAGAUCUUAGACAAGGCAGCUUCAUGUAAAUCCUGACACUCUUUGUAUGAUCUAAGUACAAUCUGUAGCUCAUCACAUUUGCCUUGCAAGUCUUGGUAUUGGAUGUCCAUUUCAGCUAUGUCAUUCUUUAAGUCGGAGUUCUUUUUUAAAAGGGAAUCAAAUUCCUUUUCAUUGUCCUCCCGCUCUGCCAUCAGUUGGCUUGAGAGGUCACGAGAUGCCUUGAGAUCCUCCAAAGCUGUCCUCAGCUGGAUCUCCAGGUCACGGCUCUGCACCUUCCGGGUCGUCAUCCUCGACAUGUCUGAAACCACCCGGGGUUACCCGUUAGUAUGUUGAUAGGUAGAAUUGAGAGGAUGUUUAUCCAAGAUAUAUACAAAAUAACCCUCUUUAGGUAUAACUUGAUCAAACCAAUCAAAACUUGAUAUAUUGUAAGUCUAUGUAAAAAUGAUCAAAAGGUAACUUAUUUGUUAGUUAUCAUAUACAAUGUAGUCAUGAACACAAACUAUGGGUGGGGAGGGAGUAAUAUGCAUAAUAUGUUACUUAAAUGAAUAGGUACUCAGUGGUAUUAUUGACUUAGAAUUAUGUAAACUUUAAGCCAAAAAAAACAAUCACUUGAUCAUUAUUCAAUGAAGUACUAAUACUAAUAGCAAUUAAGUAGGUGGAGACUAUGGUAUAGUAAUAAUAGGGAAUAAGGGAUACAAAAGCUAAUAGAAAGUUUGAAAAUUAGAAAUGAAAACAACAGAGUUUGAAAAUGACAAAGUCUAAAAGUGGGUUAAGGAAGUGUGAAAAACAUUUCACGUAUGCAGCAAACUAAUGAAUAAUGAUUAAAUAAUUUAGUGAUUAUGAUUUUAAAUGAGUAAUACUAGUAAAAAUAUGUAAUUUUAACAAUACUCCCCUGAUAGAUAUCCGUUGGCAAAUUCGAACUUUGACAGGUGCCUCUGCUUCAAAUAUCCGAGUCCCGUAAGUGUUUUAUUUCAGGGUUUGAAGGCUUGUCUUCAUUUGCACAGCUGUAUAACACUAUAUUCUUUAAGUUAACACUAGUUUUAAACGUAAUUAGACAUUAAAUUUAGUAAUAUUAAAAUAAAUUAAAUCAGCUGGUUUUUUUGACACCCGGUUCGUAGGGUUGCCAGGGAAAAAAAAAUC